AUGGAAAGUUCAGCAUCUUCUCCUUCAUCUCCUGUCUAUACACCAUCAUCACCUUCACCUUUGCCAUCUCCCGAAUACUCACCAGAAUCAGACUCAUACACACCUUCAACUCCAGAGUACUCAUCACAGUCCUAUAAAGAUUACUUACGUGAUUCACCACAGUCAUACAUGUCUACUGAAUACUCUCCGCAGUCGCCUUCAUCUAUGCCGCCAUCUUCACCAGUUUAUACUCCAGAGUCCCCUCAAUACUCGCCACAAUCGCCAUUCUAUACACCAUUGUCCCCUGAGUACUUGCCGCAAUCGCCGUUGUCUCCUCAGUACACGCCAGAGUCUCCCGAGUACACACCGCAAUCACCAUACUAUACACCGCCAGAGUCUCCUGAGUCCACGCCAGAGUCUCCUGAGUACACACCGCAAUCACUAUACUAUACACCGCCAGAGUCUCCUGAGUACACGCCAGAGUCUCCUGAGUACACCCCAGAGUCUCCUGAGUACACGCCACAAUCGCCAUACUAUACACCAUUGUCUCCUGAGUACACGCCAGAGUCUCCUGAGUACACGCCGCAAUGGCCAUACUAUACACCAUUGUCUCCUGAGUACACGCCAGAGUCUCCUGAGUACACGCCGCAAUCGCCAUACUAUACACCAUUGUCUCCUGAGUACACGCCGCAAUCGCCAUACAUUUGA